CCUCUGUUUUUUCAGGGAGCAGUGGUUGCCUGUAGAGACUAUUGUAAAAUCUCAAGAUUUGCAUCGCCCCUGUCCCUUGUAAUUUGGGUAUUCUGCAGGAGAAAAUCAUUUCUUCAGCCCAUUUUGAGCGCCUUAAUUGAACUUUCCACUAAGCUUUUGAUAGCGAUUAAUGACUGCAAAUAACUUUUUGUCCUUCGGGGACUAUUAAGAGUAAAUGUCAAAGAGGUUUUUAUGUUGCAACGCAGCUGAAGUCCUAUCAUUCACAAGUUGCUUAACAUUUAACAAGGUUUUGCCUAAACCUUUACUUGAUCUUAUGGAAUCCACCUCUUGUCGAUAUGGUAUGUCCUGGGCGUACAGGACGUAGGUCAUCCAGAAUUCAGCGCACAACAGCAGCCAAUGCCUGUCCCUGUUAAGAGCUUAUCAGUGCUUUACCAAGGCAUAUUUACUCAAGUAUAUUUACUUACUAGGAGCAUUUUGCUUGAUGGAGUGUCAGUAGCACUGAGCUGCAGAAAUGAACACCCACUUCAUGAGGAAGCCGGCGGUCUUGAGACUGGUGGUGCUGUCUGUCGUGGUCCUGACUGCCGUUAGGUUCCUCCUGAGGUCCAACUCUAAGCUGCCUGUGCCUGACCCUGCUGUGUUCUGGGGGCACAGAGAGAUUGGCGGAGGGGCGGUCUUGAACGAAAAGCAGACUCCGCAGAAGAAGGAGGCUCUGGUGUGGGCUCGUCAGCAGACAUCCCAGUCACAGGAGCCUCAGAAGUCUCAGGGAGGAGAGGCACAGGACUCCCCGAAAAAACCCAAAGUCACCCCUCGGCAAGACACUAACCAGACUCCACUGAGGGUUGUGCACUUUGAUCUCAAAGGUGCUGCUCCUAAACUCACCUAUUUGGAGCAGGUAUUCCCAUUGCUGUCUUCUCUUGGGGCCAAUGGGAUUUUGCUGGAAUAUGAGGAUAUGUUUCCGUAUGAGGGUGACCUUCAGAUCCUCAGAUCGCCCCAUGCCUAUAGUGUGGAGGACAUUCAGAAGAUCAGGCACCUGGCAGAGCUCAGUAAGCUGGAGAUCAUUCCCCUGGUUCAAGUGUUUGGACACCUGGAGUUUGCUCUGAAGCACGAGAAGUUCUCGAACCUGAGGGAGGUGCCAGGGUUCCCCAACAGCUUGAACCCCCACGCCCCUGGCUCGCAGCCGCUGGUCCAGGCCAUGCUGUCGCAGGUUCUGGACCGCCAUCCUGGGCUGCGGUGGCUGCACAUCGGUGCUGAUGAGGUCUUUGGUCUGGGACAAGGAUUGGACUCCAAAAACUGGCUGAACAGCAACAACGGGGAUAUGGGAAGGAUGUUCCUGAACCACGUGAGGGAGAUCGUGCACUUCGCCACGGAGAGACACCCCGGCCUCCGGCUGCUCAUGUGGGACGACAUGAUGAGACACAUCAGUGUGGACACUCUCAAAGCAUCCAGUCUGACCAGCUUUGUCUCUCCAAUGAUCUGGGAUUACGGUGCAGAUUUGCAGAUAAACCAGAUUGAAAAGUUCAUCUCGAACUACCAGGCGGCAGGGUUCGAGGGUGUGUGGUUUGCCAGUGCAUUCAAAGGCGCAUCAGGGGUGGCACAGGACUGGACCCCCCUGACCCAACACAUGAAGAACCACCUGUCAUGGCUGAAGGUCAUGGCUGUCAUGCCCAAGUACCCGUCCAUCCACUUCCAGGGCAUCGCGCUGACAGGCUGGCAGCGGUACGACCACUUCACCGUGCUGUGUGAGCUCUUUCCUGUGGGCAUCCCAUCCCUGGCAGUGUGUCUUCAGAGCCUGGCACACGGUGGGUUUAAUGAGGAGGCGAAGAAGCAAGUUCUGCACAUGCUGGGCUGCAAGAACAUCAACCUGGAGAAGAGUCUCUGCGAAGGGGGUGGGGCGUUCCCGGGCUAUGAAGUGUACCAGAUGGUCCUGCACAUCAGAGAGAACCUGAAGAGCCAGAUCCACCAACAGUUUGACAACCAACACUUGAAAGGCUGGUUCUCCCGCUACCACAGGAAGUACAAGUUUGGGAAUCCUCGGAACAUGGAGUUUUUCAAAGACAAAAUGAGCAAGUUGCUCGAGGAGUGGGAGGACUACCUGCAGAACUUCCGCACCCAGAUGGAGGCCAUCUACUUCGCCGACACCGUGGAGGAGUGGAUGGAGGAGAACGUCAACGAGCACAUGGACAAGCUGAGGGAGCUGGCCGCCGACUUCGAGCAGGUCAUCAAGAGCAGGGGCGGCCAAAAACCCCUCUGAGGGCAGCAGGACGUCCCCGGAACCGGACGUGGUGGUGGUGGGUGGGGGCCGCGGGCCGUAGAGACGGACUGUUCUGGCUGGACCAUGUGCUCCUGUUCCAUUGCCCAGCAUCUGAGAGGGACAGGGGGCGCUGGAGAGCGGUGGAGGAGACUCUGCCCUCCUGCCUGUGUGCACGUGCCCCCAGUGGCACUUCAUGACACCUAAUAGGGGCAGAGGGCACAGAGUGUUUAAAAGAUCACUUCUUUUUUAUUAAGAACAUAAUGUACAUAUUGAAGACAACCCUAGAGUUUCGUUGUUGAAACCAGAGCCUCUGUCAUAAGAUCUAAACUCGGAUCAGAAAGGCCAAUUAACUAACCCUAUUGGAUUGAGGGGGGCUCCAUUCCUCACUGCACUUUUACCUGAUUUAUAAACCCCAGAAGCUCCCUAGAGAAGAGGGGGCUGUAACCCUGGAUAUUUUCUGUUUCCUUGUAUUACAGCCUCCUGGUGCAAGGAAGUCAAUAGGCUGGGGGGUGCAUACAAUCCAAUAUUCCUGAGCACUUCAACGGGAAUUUUGUUUUCCAUGCAGUUUACAAUCACUGCAUUGCCACUGCAGUUUUUUUACUUUGCUUUUAGAAAAGUUGAUAUUGCUAAAAAAGUAAAUAUGUUCUCUAGGGGAAAAAACAACAACAUUUAAAGCAUGGGUCUCUUCUGUUUCCAGCUUCCUCAGAAAAGUACUUUCAUUAUCUCUCUUACUUCAGCUCAGGGUUUUUUCUUACUGUAAAAUAGAGCUAUUCCUUCUGAUUAUAAAAUGUAACACGGAUCUGGUAACAGAAAAUAAAACCUAUUAGUGAUGAGAAUUUAUGUUUUGUGUAGCACACUUAGAAAACUGUUUAAAAGUCUGGAACAGGGGCAUGAUACUCAAAGUCAUUUAUUCUAUGAGCCUGAAAAUCACUGAGUUCAAAUAAAUAACUGUGAAAUAAACUGGAGGUUUAUGUUUA